AUGACUGUCUUGCCGAACAACCUGAACAUGUUGGGGAAGCCCCGGAACUUCACGGUGGAUGACUGCUUCAACUCUCGGAACACCGUCCUAAAGGGGCAGCCCUUUGGGGGCAUCCCUACCGUAUUGUUCCUCAACAUCAUCUUGUGGGUGGUCAUUGUCUUGGUUUACUCCUUCCUCCGGAAAGCCGCGUGGGACUACGGGCGCCUGGCUCUGCUGAUACACAACGACAGCCUGACCUCACUGGUCUAUGGGGAGCAGAGCGAGAAGACGUCCCCCUCGGACAUCUCCCUGGAGAUGGAGCACAGGGACAAGGGCUUCUAUUCCUGGUUUUUCAACACCAUCACCAUGAAGAAUGAAGAUCUGAUUAGCAGGUGUGGAGAUGAUGCCCGGAUCUACAUCAUGUUCCAGUACCACCUCAUCAUCUUUAUCCUCAUCCUCUGCAUCCCCUCCUUGGGCAUCAUCUUGCCCAUCAACUACACUGGAGAUGUUCUGGACCGGGAUAGUCACUUUGGCCGGACCACCAUUGUCAAUGUCUCCACAGAGAGUAAGUUCCUGUGGCUACACAGCGUCUUCGCUUUCUUAUACUUUGUCACCAACCUCCUCUUCAUGACUCAUCACUGCUUAGGAUUUGUGCCCAGGAAAAGCUACGCGGUCACCAGGACACUAAUGAUCACCUAUGUCCCCACGGAUAUCCAAGACCCAGAGAUCAUCAUUAAGCAUUUUCACGAGGCCUACCCAGGGUGCGUAGUGACCAGAGUCCACUUCUGCUAUGACGUCAGGACCCUGAUUGACUUGGAUGAUCAGAGGCGCCACGCGAUGCGGGGCCGGCUCUACUACACUGCCAAGGCCAAGAAGAAGGGGAAGGUGAUGAUCAAGGUCCACCCCUGCUCCCGGCUGUGUUUCUGCAGGUGCUGGGCUUGCUUCAAAGAGGUGGACGCAGAACAGUACUACAGCGAGCUGGAGGAGCAGCUGACUGAUGAGUUCAACGCUGAGCUCAACCGCGCGCGGCUGAAGCGUCUGGACCUGAUCUUCGUCACCUUCCAGGACUCCAGGAUGACGAAGCACAUUCUGCAGGAUUACAAGUUCAUCCACUGUGGGAUGUCCCCCAGAGAGUCCUCAGUGACCACCGUCGUCAAGUCCUACCACUGGAGGAUAGUCCGUGCCCCACACCCCAGAGACAUUAUUUGGAAACACCUGUCCGUCCGCCGCUUCCAUUGGUGGGCCCGCUUUAUCGCAAUCAACACUUUCCUCUUCUUCCUCUUCUUCUUCCUCACUACGCCUGCCAUCAUCAUCAACACCAUCGACUUGUACAACGUCACCCGCCCCAUCGAGAAUUUGCAGAGCCCCAUCGUGACCCAGUUCUUCCCGUCUGUGUUGCUCUGGGCCUUUACGGUGACAAUGCCUCUGAUUGUGUACCUCUCUGCCUUCCUUGAAGCCCACUGGACCAGAACAAGUCAGAAUCUGUUCAUAGUGCACAAGUGCUACGUCUUUCUGGUGUUCAUGGUGGUCAUUCUGCCCUCUAUGGGGCUGACCAGUUUGGACGUCUUUUUGCAUUGGCUCUUUGACAUCUACUAUCUGGAGCAGGCAUCCAUCAGGUUCCAGUGUGUGUUCCUGCCAGACAAUGGCGCCUUCUUUGUCAACUACGUCAUCACGGCAGCCUUUAUUGGCACAGGCAUGGAGCUGAUGCGCCUGGGGUCACUCUUCUUGUAUACCAUCCGCCUCGUCUUCUCCAGGUCGGAGCCAGAGAGAGUGAACAUUCGAAUGAACCAGGCCAUGGACUUCCAGUAUGGGCGCGAGUACGCGUGGAUGAUGAAUGUCUUCAGUGUAGUGAUGGCGUACAGCAUCACCUGCCCCAUCGUUGUUCCUUUCGGGCUGCUCUAUCUGUGCAUGAAGCACAUCACGGACCGCUAUAACAUGUACUACUCCUACGCGCCCACCAAGCUCAACGAGCAGAUCCACAUGGCCGCCAUCCACCAAGCCAUCUUCGCGCCGCUCCUGGGGCUGCUUUGGAUGCUCUUCUUUUCCGUCCUACGCUUAGGGUCCCAGCAUGCCAUCACCAUCUUCUCCCUCACCACCCUUAUUAUUUCCAUAAUAAUGGUCUGCGUUGCCACCUUCCUGGGGAAGAUGUCGAAAAUGACUAACUAUGAGCCUGAGCCCGAGGAGAUGGAGACCGUGUUUGACCUGGAGCCAAGCAGCACCUCCUCCACACCAACCUCCCUUCUGUAUGUGGCCACCGUGCUGCAAGAGCCAGAGAUGAACCUGACCCCCGCCUCCUCCCCCGCCCAGCCCACCUACGGCACCAUGAGCAGACAGCCGGAAGAGGGAGAAGAGGAGAGUGGUGUGAGGGCCUUUUCAAGGGAGCUGGACUCGGCCCGGUUCCAGGAAGGAAUGGAACUGGGGGACCAGAGCCAGUAUCACUGACCAGGACCCAGGCCUCCACCUGGCAACUCCAGCCAGGAGUGGCUGCCAGGGGAAGGGCCUGGCAGAGAGAGGCAGCAGGGCGCCCUGGUCUGCCCCCCCAACACAUCCUGCAGACUUUGGAAAGGCUCCAGCGGAGCCCUGGCUGUAUCUCUCGGCCACGUGGAGGCCCCGGCCUGCUGACCAGCCGG